AUGGAAACAAGUGAAAACAUUCAGCUCAACACAACCGCAGAGCGUCUUGCACUUUACCAACGCCAAAUCAGCAGCUCCGUCCAGACAACCCAGAGACACACGAUGGCUCGCGACCCGAUUACCUGCCAUGUGCUCAACACCUUGACAGGCACACCAGCAGCAAACCUACCGUGCACGUUGACAUUGCUGUCCGGCGGCGCUCAGUCCGACAGCUUCACGGCCACCACAGACUCGGACGGACGGAUCAAGGCGUGGGAGACAUCUGUGAACAAUGCAACAACAACAACGACGAGCAUUCUCGGCGCGCUCCCCGCCGCAGACUCCAAGACAAACUGGUCGAUCCGCUUUGAUGUCGGACCGUGGUUUGAGGCGCAGGGCAUCGAGAGCUUUUGGCCCGAGGUCGAGGUCAAAUUUACGGUCCGUGGGCGCGGUGUUGAGGGGAAGGAUGGCUGGCGGCAUUAUCACGUCCCGGUGCUGCUGGGACCGUGGAGUUAUUCGACAUAUCGGGGGUCUUAG